UGUUAUCUUAUCAUCAUGUGCACUCUCUAAACAAGCUCGAAGCCAUGGCGGAAAGAGCAUGAGCUGAAACCCCACUCCUCAUCCUCCUCCCUCCCUCCAAUGGCCACCAUCAUCUCCUCCCCUUCUCCUCCAUGCUUCUCCAUCUCUCCCUCAAUGCCUUCGCUUUCACUCCCCUCACCUCUACACCACCUCCAUCUCUUCUCUCUGUGUCCCAGUCCUCAAAUUCAAUGCUCGUCCGAUGAUUUCGACUCUCCGGCAUUCCUCCAGGGGCCUUUCUAUCCGGGCAUCAUCUCAAGUUGGAGCUGCUGGGUCAGAUCCACUGUUGGACAAACUAUCAAGCUUUAAGGAUUCAUUUUGGAGAUUUCUAAGGCCCCACACAAUUCGUGGGACUGCACUCGGUUCAGUAGCAUUGGUCACAAAAGCUCUGAUAGAAAAUCCAGCUCUGAUAAAUUGGUGGUUGACAUUCAAGGCACUCUAUGGACUCAUAGCACUUAUAUGCGGGAAUGGCUAUAUAGUUGGGAUUAAUCAGAUUUAUGAUAUCGGCAUUGACAAAGUUAACAAGCCAUACUUACCUAUCGCAGCAGGGGAUCUAUCAGUCCAAUCGGCAUGGUUGUUGGUGUUACUUUUUGCCGCCGCCGGCCUUCUUAUUGUUGGAUGGAACUUUGGGCCGUUCAUUUCUUCUCUUUAUUGUCUUGGAUUAUUCCUUGGCACCAUAUAUUCUGUGCCUCCAUUUAGAUUGAAGAGGUAUCCUGUUGCAGCAUUUCUUAUCAUUGCCACGGUACGUGGCUUUCUUCUCAAUUUUGGUGUAUACCAUGCCACCAGAUCUGCGCUAGGCCUUUCAUUUAAAUGGAGCUCACCUGUUGCUUUCAUCACAAUCUUUGUGACAGUAUUUGCUUUGGUCAUAGCUAUAACCAAAGAUCUUCCUGACGUAGAAGGAGACCGGAAGUUUCAGAUUUCUACAUUGGCAACCAAGCUAGGUGUAAGGAAUAUUGCCCUUCUUGGUUCUGGCCUAUUGCUGGCAAAUUAUCUUGGUGCUGUUCUUGCGGCAGUCUACAUGCCUCAAGGCUUUAGGCGCAGUUUAAUGAUACCUGCACAUGCAAUCUUAGCUUUGGGGUUGAUAUUCCAGGCAUGGAUCUUGGAACGGGCAAAUUACACCAAGGAAGCAAUAUCCCAGUUUUACCGGUUUAUCUGGAAUCUCUUCUAUGCUGAGUAUAUCAUAUUUCCUUUCAUAUAGUUCCUGGUCCAAAACCUUGAAAUGUAUAAAUGUUGUUGUUUCCUCUAAAUAUAUUAGAUCAGUUUUUCUCUUGUUUUAAAACAAAGAGAAUUGGGUUCAAUCCCUCAAAUGGAGUAUAUCAUAUUCCCUUCAUAUAGUUCCUGGUCCAAAACUUUACAAUGUAUCAAUGUUGUUCCCUCUAAAUUUAUUAGAUCAGUUUUUCUCUUGUUUUGAAACAAAGAGAAUUGGAUUCAAUUCCUCAAAUGGAGUAUAUCAUAUUCCCUUUCAUAUA